CAAGCGGGGCCUGUGGCCAGCUCGUCGAACCGUCAGUCCGUCCCGCCGCCUGCAUGGCCGCCAUCAAAGCCCUGCAAGAAUGGUGCCGGCAGCAAUGCGAGGGCUACCGGGACGUGAACAUCACCAACAUGACCACCUCGUUCCGCGAUGGCCUGGCCUUCUGCGCUAUCCUGCACCGACACCGGCCUGACCUUAUAGACUUCAGUGCUCUCCGGAAAGAAAACAUUUAUGACAACAACAAGCUGGCCUUUCAAGUGGCUGAGAAACAGCUGGGCAUCCCUGCCCUGCUGGAUGCCGAGGACAUGGUGGCCUUGAAGGUUCCAGACCGGCUGAGUAUCCUCACCUAUGUGUCACAGUAUUACAAUUACUUCCAUGGCCGGUCGCCAAUUGGGGGCAUGGCUGGUAUAAAGAGACCCUCAUCAGACUCAACUGAAGAACUUUCUGCAAAGAAGGUCCUGGCCCAGCCUGCCAAGUUGCCCUCAGCUGCUCCAACUCAGAGAUCACCACUGUCUCCAGCUAGGACAAACCCUGUGGUCCAGAGGAGUGAAGGUGGCUUAGAGAGGCCAUCUCCAAAGGCUGUUCUGGGGACUGCGGGCAGCUCUGUUAGCAACAGCUGUGGGGUCUGUGGCAAACACGUUCACCUUGUGCAGCGGCACCUGGCUGAUGGGCGACUAUACCACCGAAGCUGCUUCAGGUGUAAACAGUGUUCCAACACCCUGCAUUCAGGGGCCUACCGUGCCACGGGAGAGCCAGGGGUCUUUGUCUGUACUCAUCACAGCCAAGAAGUCACCCCUGUGAGUCCCAAGUUGUCAAGCCUGGCCUCCAGGCAGCCAAAGGGUGCUGCUGCAGACACCAAGCCAGUCAGCACCUCACGGAAGGUUCAGGAGACAAAUGGAGAGGUGACACCGCUAAAGGCCAGGGUACCGCUGAGGGCCUGGGAACCUGCUGUAGGCAACACGACGGCCAAAGGUUUCGUCCAGACUGAACUUAACCAGCCAGCUACCUCCCGCGUCCAUGUGGGGAGCCCUGUGGGGCCCAGGCUACACAUGAGCCCAGUGGCCACUAAUUCUGUGAAUAGCAAAGCUAUCACCCAUGUGACUAACAGCUCCCCGACAAGAUGGUCAUCACCUGCUCAGAGCAGCACAGUGACCGUCGGUUCCCGUCCUGUUGUGUCCCCAAGUGCUCCAGACUCUCACCCAUCUGUACCCCAAGUCCAGGAAGCUUCAAAAGGUGUUAAGACUCCCCUCAUCUUGAGCACGGACUCUCCAAGCACAGCAGCCACCCCAGCCUGGACCCCUUCAGCCUCUAGGACCCAGCAGGCCCGAGAGAAAUUUUUCCAGAACCCUUCUCCGGCCCCAGCCCCAGCCAGAAGCAGUCCUGCCAGCAAGGCCCCCACUGUGGUAAAUGCUCCCAAUGGCAGGGCCCCCCCUGGGGUGAAUACCCCCACCAGCAAAGCCCCUAUUGUGGCGAGUACCACUGAUGGCAAGGUGUCCACAGUGGUGAGUGCUCCUGCCGGCAGGGUCACCGCUGUGGUAACUGCCUCCACCAGCAAGCUCACCACUGUGGUGAAUGCCUCUGCCAGCAAGGUCUCGGCUGUUGUGAAUACCUCUGCCCAGGAGAGCAGCCGGGAGCAAGCACUAAGUGUUCUUAGGAAGGCCCUGCCGGGGCUGACAGGAGCUGGUACCCAGGCUCCAAGCAGGCCCUCCCCAGCCUCUUCCUCUGUCCCAACCACCCUUCCGAAGAAUGAAGUGCCACAAACCGUCCCUUCAGCCAAGCUGUCACAUUCAGCUACCCCCCAGGCCCUUAACCGCACUUCGAAGACGGAACCUACAGUCCCCCCAAGUGUAGGCAAUACCCGCUGGGCAUCUGUAACCCUCCAAGAUGGCAAAAAGAGCCAGGGUAUAUCUGCAGGGCUUGGCAAGACCAGCGCUGGCUCCAGGUCACAAGCAGCGGUGGCCGCAGUAAAGGGUCCAGGUUCCACCUGUCAGGAAGGCCAGGAGGAGGGACCAGAAGGAUGGAGGGCCCGCCUGAAGCCUGUGGAUAAGAAAAACCCUGCUGGGAGGGCUCUGGAGCAAAAAGAGCCUAGGACAGGGGACACUCCCAGGAAAGCCACCAGCAGCUCUGACUCUAGCAACCACAUCACCGUGGCUCACGUUCAGCUCAAGGGGACACCAUGCCCGGCUGGUUCCGGGCCCAGCCUUGCAGCCCCCUCGCCUUCUCCAUCACACCGCAAGAAACUAGCUGUCCCUCCCAGCCUUGAUGUUUCCGCUGAUUGGCUCCAGUCAGAGCUCAGGAAGCCAGAAGACCGGUCCAGGAGCUGGAAGGAGAAGGAGACGGCCACCUGGGGGACAAGAGAGAGGCCUGCCAUCCACAACAGUGUCCUUGUUCCCCCCGGCGAGGCUGUGACCUCCCCAGUCAGGCUACACCCCAGUUACAUCUCCCAGGAGGAGCUGCAGAGGCAGCUGCAGGAAAUUGAGCAUCAGCUGGAUGCCCUGGAGCUCAGGGGUGUGGAGCUGGAGAAGCGGCUGCGGGCAGCCGAGGGAGACGCCGCCGAGGAUGGCCUCAUGGUGGACUGGUUCCGGCUUAUUCAUGAGAAGCAGCUGCUGCUGAGGCUCGAAUCGGAACUCAUGUACAAGUCCAAGGACCAGCACCUGGAGGAGCGGCAAAUGGACCUCCAGGGCGAGCUGCGCAGGCUGAUGGACAAGCCAGAGCGUCUGAAGUCCCCCCAGGACCGCCAGCGGGAGCAGGAGCUGCUGAAGCAAUAUGUGGACACCGUGAAUGACCGCAGUGACAUCGUUGACUUCCUGGAUGAGGACCGGCUCCGGGAACAAGAGGAGGAUGAAAUGCUGGAGAGUAUGAUCCAGAACCUGGAUCUCCAGAGGAAGAAGUCCAAGUUCCGCUUUUCCAAGAUCUGGCCCUCGAAGAGCAAAGGUGGCCAGAUGUGAGCUGCACAUCGCUAGCACCAGGG